UAUCCUUAUUUUUUUUUUUCUUACCCGCGUCACGGCCAAACAAAACGUCGCUCCUCCUCCCCCGCCCCGCUCUUUUUCUCUCCGGACCUCAUAUCCCAACAACCAUUUUUUUUUUUUUCCUUUCCUUUUUUUUGGUGGUUUCACUUUUCUCAUCCACGCUCUGUUGGAGUUCAUCUUCGUUCCCGUUCUCGUAGCGACUCUUCGACAUUCCAAAUCAGAUUUUGGUUUUUAAGUGAAGGAAUUAAGGUGGCAGUAUGACAAUGAGUGAGCGGAAGACCAUAGACUUAGAACAAGGAUGGGAGUUCAUGCAGAAGGGGAUCACAAAACUGAAGAACAUUCUAGAAGGCUUGCCCGAGAUGCAGUUCAGUUCUGAGGACUACAUGAUGCUCUACACUACCAUCUAUAACAUGUGUACUCAGAAGCCUCCUCAUGAUUACUCCCAACAGCUCUAUGAUAAGUACCGGGAAUCAUUUGAAGAGUACAUAACAUCAACGGUAUUGCCAUCUUUAAGAGAAAAGCAUGAUGAAUUUAUGUUGAGAGAGCUUGUGAAAAGGUGGGCAAACCACAAAGUUAUGGUUAGAUGGCUUUCUCGUUUCUUCCAUUAUCUUGAUCGAUAUUUUAUUGCUCGGAGGUCACUUCCUCCCCUGAAUGACGUUGGACUGACUUGCUUCCGUGAUCUGGUCUACCAGGAGUUAAAUGGAAAAGUAAGGGAUGCUGUAAUUUCUCUGAUUGAUCAAGAACGUGAGGGAGAGCAGAUUGAUCGAGCUCUAUUGAAGAAUGUUUUAGACAUAUUUGUGGAAAUUGGAAUGGGGAAUAUGGAGCAGUAUGAAAAUGACUUUGAAGCAGCUAUGCUUAAGGACACUGCUGCUUAUUAUUCGCGGAAAUCGUCUAUCUGGAUUCUGGAAGAUUCUUGUCCAGACUAUAUGCUGAAAGCUGAGGAGUGCUUGAAACGGGAGAAAGAUAGGGUGGCUCAUUACUUGCAUUCUAGUAGUGAACCAAAGCUACUCGAGAAAGUUCAACAUGAGUUGUUGUCUGUGUAUGCAACCCAACUGCUUGAAAAAGAUUAUUCUGGAUGCCAUGCAUUGCUUAGAGACGACAAGGUGGAGGACUUGUCUAGGAUGUUCAGGCUCUUUUCUAAAAUUCCUAAAGGCUUGGAUCCUGUUUCCAGCAUAUUUAAGCAGCAUGUUACUGCUGAAGGAACAGCCUUGGUCAAACUGGCAGAAGAUGCAGCAAGCAACAAGAAGGUCUGUGCCUAGAAUUUUUUUCCUCCAUUCUUUUUUUACAAUCCAUUUCCAAGAGCUCCGUUUUCCUCUUAGAUACCGCACUUAGGAAUUGA